AGAAUCAUGGGUAGGUUAGAGUUCGUAAAUUCAACAUGGCAGCCUCCUUUGGUGGUGAGAUUUUGAGGAGAAUGACAUUUUUUCGGACCUUGAGGCUAGGGAAUGUCAUGAGGUGGCGUAAAGAUAAAAUACCCUUUGAGCUGGCUCAGCGAUAUCAAGUUAGACAGCUGACUUUGAAUAGUAGGAAUUAUAGAACAGGCGAGCCCACCAACUUCUCAAAGGGACCAGGUGGAAGUAAAAGAGCACUCAGGAUGAGUCGUUUGUUUGGAUGUACAGCGUUCCUUGGUGGAGUCUUAGGGGUGUACCAAACUUUGAAAUAUUAUUUGCAGGAAGAACACUUGGCAGAAGAGGAGAAGCCGCAGAUUAAUGGCAAUGAGUUGCAGCUGACUUUGUACCAGUAUAAAACCUGUCCUUUCUGUAGUAAAGUACGCUCAUUCCUUGACUACCAUGGCCUACCAUACCAGGUGGUGGAAGUCAACCCAGUCAUGCGCAAAGAAGUCAAGUUUUCAAGUUACAGAAAAGUCCCAAUCAUUCUUGCAGAUGCUGGUGAAACUCUGCAGAUAAACGAUUCUUCAGUUAUCAUCAGUGCAUUGAAGACCUUCCUUAUUUCCAGAAACAAGAACUUGAAGGAGAUAGUCUCGUACUACCCAAGCAUGAAGGCUGUGAAUGAGAGAGGGAAAGAGGUGACAGAGUACAACAAUAAGUAUUGGCUGAUGCUGGACGAAGAGGAAGCCCAGCAGCUGUAUCCAAGCAAGGAGGAAAGAACACAGGAGAUGAAGUGGAGGAAAUGGACUGAUGAAUGGCUUGUUCACCUGAUCUCUCCAAAUGUGUACCGUACCCCAAGGGAGGCAUUGGCUUCAUUUGACUAUAUUGUCCGUGAAGGAAACUUUGGAAGAUUUGAAGGCUAUUUUGCUAAAUAUGUGGGUGCAAUAGCAAUGUUCUUCAUUGGCAAAAGACUCAAGAACAGACACAAUCUGCAGGAUGACGUCAGACAGGAUUUAUAUAAAGCAGCAGAUCACUGGGUUUCUGCCAUUGGAAAAGGAAGAAAAUUCAUGGGCGGAAGCCAGCCAAACUUGGCCGACCUGGCUUUACCUGAUAUUAAUGCCAAACUUUUAGAUGCCCCUCUGGAUAAUAAUCUUUUUGAGACAGCUACUGCUGACUUGUUAAAGUCCCUUCAGGAUAAGGAAGUACAGAACUGCUGUAUCAUAAACUGUGGAGCACUGUCUGAGAUUACAUCAUCAGCUAUACCAGCUCUUCCAAAAACAGAGCUUGGCACUAUUCUAAAACUGUCUUAUAAUAUCACUGGUGUCCUACAUACAGAUGUGAAAUGUAAAAGCUGUAUGAAACCUUUACUUAUUUUAGUAAAACUUGUAGCAACAUCGGAAAAUGUGUAA